AUGAGACUUAAGUACAAAGAGACCACCCUAAAUCUGACCAUACAUCAUGGCGGAGAUAUACACGUCAAUGAACACAAGAUGAAAUCACAAAACCCACAAGAACCCUACGACAGCGCUGGGGAACCUGUAAGCACUUCUACCAACGCCAUGCAAGGAAAACGGGACAAGACGAAAACGAUAAUUCGUAAACGUGAAGAGCGACAACCAGCCGAGCGUGAACCUUUCCACUCGCUCAAACCCGCCAUAUCUUCGAAGACUUCUUCUCUAUUGAUUGCGCCGUUUCGGGAUAUCCAGGGGCUGAACUUUGGGUUUGUAAGUCGGCAGCGAGCCAGUACAGCCGAUGCGAAAGAAAGAACAAGAGCUAGCAAGAUCAAUUUCAAUGACUCUGAAUGA